AUGGAUAAGCAGAGCAAAGCAACGACUGUACGAGAGGUGAAAGGUUGGCUACACAAAGUCUGCAUAAUUCCUGGAAGAUUGGAUGGUAAAUUGGUGAUAAUAACUGGGGCUAAUACGGGUAUUGGAGAAACAACCACCGGGGAGAUUGCACGACGAGGUGCCACAGUAAUCAUGGCCUGUCGAGACUUUAAGAGAGCACAGGGAGCUAGAGAACGGCUGCUUAAUCAGUAUGGUGUAAACAACCCAGACAGUCUGAAGAAAAAUGUUGCUGAUCCACGUGUUGCAACGUCAGUGAGUUGUAUAUCUGAGGACCAACUUCAGAUUGAACUGCUGGACUUGUCAUCUUUAAAUUCAGUACGACAGUUUGCCGCCAGAAUACGCGAACGAUACGAAAAACUCGAUUAUCUGAUCAACAAUGCCGGACUACUCAAACAGACACAUUCGAUCACUGAGGACGGUCUCGAAACCACAGUUGGAGUGAAUCAUCUUGGACCGUUUCUCCUGACCCAGUUGUUGCUGCCACUAAUGCAUACUGCCGAGGCUAGCUGUUCAUCACGUAUUAUUUUCGUGUCCUCCAUGUUGCACAAAUUUGGCGAACUGUCCAAGCCAAGUCUGCAUAUCCCACCUGAAAGGUAUACGAUAAUGUCUGCAUACUGUCAUUCCAAAUUGGCAAACGUGAUGUGUGCAAAGGAGUUGGCAAGUCGCUUGGAAGGCACAGGCAUCGUAGUCGUCAGUUUACAUCCAGGCGCUGUGAAAACGGAAAUAGCGCGCGAUAUUACAGGUGGCCCGGAGCGCAUUGGACACUUUCUGUUCCAACCUUUCCUCAUCGACCCGUGGUUGGGGUGUCAGACCACACUCUACACUGUGCUUGCACCUGUGGUCAAAUCUGGAGCCUACUACGACAACUGCAAAGAAGCAUCACCGAAAAGUAUUGUUUUCAAUGAGAAAGAACGCAAGUGGCUUUGGAAGAUUUCAUGUGAACUGGUCGGACUGAACCCCAAUGAAUGA